UGACGAAGAAACAGGGACUUAAUCCAAAAAGUGGAAGAAGAAGCAACAUAAAAGAAAAGACCAACGCACCCUUUCACACACUAAACUAAACUUUUCCAGUUUCAAAGAAAGAAGAGUGCUGACGCUUGAAGACAGUGAAGGAAAAAGCUAACAAAUUCGUUAAUUUCUAGAAACCUCUCAUCAAAAGAGUCUUUGAUCCGUGAGAACUUAAACUCAGACUCCUAAAAUAGUUUGAUCACUUUCGCAUUGACCUGUAACCUUUUCUCUCCGGUUACCAAAACCGUAAGUUGCUGAACAUGGACCCGCAAUCGCCGGUUCGGGCGGAACUGGAGCCUCCGGUUCCGACGUUCUCCCCACGGUUCGCGCUCACAUCCAGUUCGCAGCGGAAAAUCGCGAUCGCGGUCGAUCUGAGCGACGAGAGUGCCUACGCGGUACGCUGGGCGGUGCAGAACUACCUGCGACCGGGCGACGCCGUGAUCCUCCUGCACGUGCGUCCCACGAGCGUCCUCUACGGCGCGGACUGGGGCUCCGUGGAUCUGAGCGCGGCGGAGGACGGCGGCGACGAGGAGUCGCGGCGGAAGCUGGAGGACGACUUCGACAACUUCACGGCGACGAAGGCGAGCGACCUGGCGCAGCCGCUGGUGGAGGCGCAGAUACCGUUCAAGAUCUACAUUGUGAAGGACCACGACAUGAAGGAGAGGCUCUGCUUGGAGGUGGAGCGGCUCGGGCUCAGCGCCGUCAUCAUGGGGAGCCGCGGCUUCGGCGCGUCGAAGCGAGCCGCGAAGGGGAGGCUCGGGAGUGUUAGUGAUUACUGCGUGCACCAUUGCGUGUGUCCCGUUGUGGUUGUGCGCUACCCCGAGGAGAACGAUAACGGUAACGGUAACGGUACCGGUGCUGGUGGUCUUGUUGUGCAGGUUGGGGAACCGGUGGAGCUUCCGCCUGUGCCGGAGGAGGAGCAUGAGGUGUAUCAUGAUGCUUCCGAUGAGCACAGAGAUGCUUAAUGAAAGUAUAGAGCAAUGUCUAUUUCCCUACAAACUUCAGAAACUGCUCACAGCAGCAAGGCAUGUGUCAAAUGAAGAAGAAUGUGUUAGAAUUGAGAAGUAUCUUCGUUGAACAAACUAUACAUUGUAAAGUGGUCGUUUGGUUGGUUAGCAAUUGUAUGCUUUUGUACAAGUUUGUUUCUACAGUGUUUCAAUACCCAUUGACCAGGGUUGAAUGUGCUACCUUUCUACUUUGACGAUUGAUUUGGAGGCUCUUGAUCCACUUCAUGGUUGGAAAUCAAAUUAUAGAUUUAAGUAACAACGAAAGUCUUAUUUUACUGUCUUACUUCCCGUGAAUGCCUGGUACAAUUUGUUGUGCAUACUUCAUCUCACACUUAUUUCAACACAAUUAAUGUUGAAGGAAAGUUGGAUGAUGACGGAGAAUCACAAACAUUUUACCAUUUGUCUCGGAUGUCUUCAAAUAAAACAAUUUCCCCGUUUCUUUGCAUUGGUGUA